UUUUUUUUUUUUUUUUUUUUUUUCUAUUGGUUUUCCAUUGCAUUGCAUUGUUGGUUUCCGUUUGAACAACAAUGAUGGAGCCACCGCCACGAGAUGACGACGGCGGGCGACUGUUGCGCACAAACAACAGGCAGCAACCACAUCAGCAGCAACCACAGCAACAGCAGCAGCAGCAACCGCGGUCGUUGGGAUUGGUGGCUGCUGCCGAAGCCGAAGCCGAAGCCGCGAAGACGAUGAGUGGCGAGAUGACUGGUGCGAGUCCAGCCACCGCUUCGACCUCCGCUGCGACGGCCUCUCAUGCUGCUUUCGUGGGAGGAGAGGCGCACAUCCAACCUGAAGCAAAGCGCGGCCACUUGGCGGGCGGUGGAAGCAGCAGCAGCAGCAGUGACGAAGCUGGAUUGCCAUUCUCACUCCAAGCUUCGGAUGCUGCGGUCCCCUUCGCGAGUCCCUCUGCCACCACCACGCCAGCCGAAUCAACGUCACUGCGACUACAGCCACCAUUGUCAGACGAGCCCAGGCGCGGUGGCGCUCGAGGCACCUCCUCGUCGUCGUCUCAGGACCAACAGCCAAAUUCGACCCCUGCUGCUCCUGCUUCCGACGCUUCCCGCUUCCAAGGGACCAACACACUGCCGUCACAGCCACCAUUAUACGCAUCACCGCCGUCCUCACUCCUACUCCAACCAGUGGGUGCUGCUGGGUCGAGCGACGUGGUGACGAGGUCGGUCGCAACCGCGUCUGCAUCUGCGUCGAGCGACGCGUUCGCAUCCGAGUCGAGCUUUGCCUCGUCAACGUCCAUGUCGUCGCAGUCGCAGUUUGAGCGCUACGAAAUCCUCAAGGCGAUUGGCAAGGGAUCGUUCGGCGCAGUGUACAUGGGUCUCGACCGGCAGCUGUCCGUCAACGUUGCCAUCAAGGCGAUCGACAAGCACAAGACCAAGCACAAGAAGAUCAAGCGAGAGCUCUUGCUCGGAGAGACGCUCAUCCACCCGCAUAUUGCGCGAGUGCUCGACUACGUCGACGCCAAGGACACCGUCUACAUUAUUCAAGAGUUUGUUGCGGGCGGCGACUUGUACGAUGUCAUCGCCGGUGCCAACGCCAGCCACGCAGGCGCAACCACUGCCACCACACUCCAUGGAGCGCUGCGAGUACCGUCGCGCUCGCGGUCUCGAUCAACGCUGACGGCGCGUGCUGCCCAGAGCGGCGGAGCGCACGGCCUGACCAUUCCAGAGUUGCAGCAAUACCUACGGCAGCAGCAUCGCCCGCCAUCGUCCGUCACGUUCGCGGCUACGACUGUGGGAGUGUCGGAAGAGGACGAGGACGACGAUCUGGAAGAGCUCUUCCCAAGGUACCACCACGGCGUCGAGGAAGGUCGCGUCCGGCGAAUCAUGAAUCAACUGGUCGACGCCCUCUCCUACCUGCACGCACGCCACAUUGUCCACCGCGACGUCAAGCCGGAAAACAUUGUGCUCGACGAGCAGGGCAACAUCAAGCUGAUUGACUUUGGCAUGGCUGGGCCCGAGUUUGGCAAGGUCUGCCGCGACACUGGUACGGUGCCCUACAUGGCUCCCGAGGUCUACAGUGCAACGGGCUUUGUGCGUGUUGACGGCAAGGCUCUGGAUGUGUGGGGCGCGGGCAUUGUAUUAAUCUUGAUGCUCACUGGCGACCUGCCGUGGCUCAUCCCGUCGAUCGACGAGAGUGCCGAGUUUGCCGCGUUCGUUCAUCACGAGUACCAGCAUCGCAAGCCGUGGGUGCUCUUCGUCCCACGCCUGCUUGAGCUAGUUUCUGCCAUGCUCCGAUACGAUCCUGGCGAGCGGUGCGCCAUCUCCGUGGUGCAGCGGUAUCUCGAUGAGCGGUGGCUGGUUGCGAGCUCUGCCUCGUCCACGUCGCCCGGCACGGCUGCACCCAGUAAUGGCGCGGCGGCUGGCUCUCUUUCGCCACUUGCUACUUCGAAACGCGCCGCACCGCCCGUGUCCGCCGAUGUCAGUGCCGAGGGCGCCAUUGUGGUGCCGCACGACGUCGUCAUGCCACCCAUCAAAACUCGCUCCAAGAGUCUUCUGGGACCGUCGCGGUCAUUGGACGACACGUUAAUGUCUCGCAGUCCUGCCGCCCCUGUACCUGCAAGUGUGCCCUCUGUACCUGCACCUGCGCCUGCACCUGCACCUGCUGCGCCUCCCUCGGCCCCGAUCGACAUGCCUGUCGCCGUUUCUAGUUCUGUCGCUGCUUCUAGUUCCGUAGCCGCUUCGGGUUCUGUUGCAUCCAUGACUGGUACAGCCGUUGGCUCGAGCGAUUCCGCUUUUUCAAGCUCGGCCAGUCACAUUCACACAAGCGUCUCUGGAUCCGGCGCGACGCCUGCGGCGACACCGACCAAGAAGGAUCGCAGCGGAUCAACGCUGUCGCUCACUCUUCCACCAGCAGCGCCGUCUUCCGCCAAGGACUCUGGCUGGCAAUCUGACACUGGCUCCAGCUCCACCCCGGCCAUCACCACCUUCUUUACGCCAUUCAGCAGCUCCAACACGGACAACCAACUUGUUAACACGACCCCCACAACUGCCUCGGCAGCAACCACACCUGGUGGCUCAGCGACUCCCCUCUCCGCCGGUCCCGGCACCCCCAAGCGGAAAAAGGACAAGGACAAGGACAAGGAUAAAGAGCGGGACAAGUCCAAAGACAAAGAGAAGGACAAGGACAAGGACAAGGACAAAGAGAAGGACAAGGACAAAGAGAAGGACAAAGAGAAGGACAAGCCUAAACGCCCGUCGGUUGCCUACGAUCCCGCACUUUCCGUCUACCCUCAGUUCACUGUCAAGCAGUUCCGGGAACUGUCGCACAUGCAACCACUGCACUCGGAUGUCUGGCAUUUGUCCUUGUCUGAGGAAGAGCAGCGCGUGUUUGGUGCAGCAGAGGAUUUGCGCGUGCACCACAUCUCGGAACGUGAGGGCCUCCCUUCUGUCAGCAGUUCUGUUGCUGAACCACUUCGAGUUGAAUUUGAACACGGCGAGACUGCGUCCCAGCCAGCGUCGGACCUUGCGCCCGAUGUUGCUGGUUCUGCCAACUCGACCGUGCCGCUGACAAGGGUGCCAGGCGCCCUUACCCGACAAGCAAUAAGUCGUACUGAAUCGAAUCAGAGCGCGCAAGACGGCGCACGCGUCAGUGUCUAUCUUGACUCGACAGAGCACCCAGAGCUCUUGGUGUGGGACAAGACGGCGCACGGCAACUGGCCAGGCAGCUCCAGCAAGCGCAACUCUGUCCUUCCGCCGUAUUUGACAGAGGCGAGCGGCCUGCUCCCAGCUGCUGCUGCGUCUGCUGGCCGGGAGCACGAUCUUGCCGGGGGCUCGGCGCCGCUGUCUCCUUCGCGCCUCGAUGGCGCAGAUGAUGCGUCGGAUUUCGUCUCUGCCGUGGAUCCCGCUGAUUUUGCAACCGAUGCGUUUGGUGACGCAGCAGCAGCAGCAGCAACAGCAAGCUCGCCUUCACCUUCUUCAGUAGCAACAGAGGCGUCUCCCAAAACCGUGGUCCAAGUUGAUCGCAUGCCGUUGACAAGCUCCUUGCUGACCAUGCUCGACUCGGAGAAUGGCUCGCGGUUGCAUCCGUUCUAUCAAAUCCAGGGCGUCUCGGUCGAUGCGCCUUCUGCCACGUCGUCCAUACUUCGCACGCCUCAUUCUGUAGAUAGCCAGCCUUAGGCCUAGAGCCGCUCGUCCCUUGAUUUAACAUUUGAUGCUGCUGCUUUUUUUGGUUUGGUGGGUUGUGUUUGUUCUGCUUUCGUUUGCUUUUUUCGACUUUUGCGUUUUUUUGGCUUUUUGUUUCCUUAUUCUGUUCAAUUGGUUGUCGAUCAUUCAAUUAUUCCC